GCAUGAGGACUGCAGAUGUGGUCUGAACUAUAAAUUGCAAUGUCCGUACUGUGAGACGCCAAAGACAGCGCUACAGGGAGACGGGACAGACAGCUGAUCGUCCUUGCACUGGCAGACCACGUGUAACACCUGCACUGGAUCGGUACAUCUGAACAUCACACCUGUGGGCCAGGUACAGAAUGGCAACAACUGCCUGAGUUACACCAGGAUUGCACAAUCCCUCCAUCAGUGCUCAGACUGUCCGCAAUAGGCUGAGAGAGGCUGGACUGAGGGCUUGUAGACCUGUUGUAAGGCAGGUCCUCACCAGACAUCACCGGCAACAACGUUGCCUAUGGGCACAAACCCACCGUUGCUGGACCAGACAGGACUGGCAAAAGUGCUCGUCACUGACGAGUCACGGUUUUGUCUCACCAAAGGUCAUGGUCGGAUUCACGUUUAUUGUCGAAGGAUUGAGCGUUACACCGAGGCCUGUUUUCUGGAGCGGGAUCGAUUUGGAGGUGGAGGGUCCGUCAUGGGACUGAACUUGUUGUCAUUGCAGGCAAUCUCAAUGCUGUGCGUUACAGGGAAGACAUCCUCCUCUCUCAUGUGGUACCCUUCCUGCAGGCUCAUCCUGACAUGACCCUCCAGCAUGACAAUGCCACCAACCAUACAGCUCAUUCUGUUCAUGAUUUCCUUCAAGACAGGAAUGUCAGUGUUCUGCCAUGUCCAGUGAAGAGCCUGGAUCUCAAUCCCAUGGAGCACAUCUGGGACCUGUUGGAUUGGAGUGAGGGCUAGGGCCAUUCCCCUCAAAAAUGUCCGGGAACUUGUAUGUUCCUUGAUGGAAGAGUGGAGUAACACAUUAUUCCAUUUCUGUUAGUCACAUGUUUGUGGAACUUGGUCAGUUUGUCUCAGUUGUUGAAUCUGUUAUGUUCAUACAAAUAUUUACACAUUUGCUGAAAAUUAACACAGUUGACUGAGAGGACGUUUCUUUUUUUGCUGAGUUUAUAUACCUCUGUUCCUGCCACCCACAGGCAGCACCCAGUGGAGUAUCAUAUGAAGGAAGCCAAAAAACUCAAGCACAAAGCAGAUGCCACGUCUGAUAAGGUGGGCAAAGCUUUCAACUACCUCGAUGCUGCCAUGUCCUUUGUGGAGAGCGGCAUCGCUAUGGAAACCGAUCCCCAGACCCCGAAGUCGGCAUAUACGAUGUUUGCUGAAACCUUGGAUCUGAUAAGGUUCAUACUGAAACUGAAGGGCUCUGUGGACCCCUCUGCCCCUGUUACAGACAAGGAUUUUACAAUAUUAUGUAUGAGGUGCCAGUCCCUUCUACAGAUGGCCAUGUUUCGCUACAAAAGAGAAACGGCACUUAAGUAUUCAAGGACCCUCACGGAUCAUUUCAAGAGCUCCACCAAGUCUGCAGCCCCCUCCCAAUGUGUCUCAAAAAGCACGGGCACACCAUCCCCCAUGUCUCCCAUGCCGUCUCCUGCCAGCACAGCCAGCUCUGGGCCAGGCUCCAAUCACAGCAGUGGGGUGGGGAUCGGCAAUGUGAGCACUGUGGCCAUUCCCCAGGUCAUCCAGCAGGUGGCAUCGUCCUACGUCAACAUCACAGCACUCUUCCUGAGUGCUCACGACAUCUGGGAGCAGGCUGACGAGCUGGCACACAGAGGCAGUGGUUUGUUGUCUGAGCUGGACUCAGCUCUGGGCCAGUUGAGCCUGACCUCCACCAUGAGCUCUCUGGUGCGUCACACACGGCAGGGACUGCAGUGGCUCCGACUGGACACCUGUGAGACACAGUGACUGUUUCUCAACCCCACCCAGCACUACACAGCCCUGCUUACUCCUGCCAUACUCCUACAGUACCCAGCCCUGGAUAACCCUGUCCGGGACAUCCUAUUUGGCUUUAUUUAUUGACAGGCCAUCAGGUGAAAGCAGGAUCCCAAGUCCCUCCUCUACAAGUUGUUCAUAUGGAUACAAAGUCAACUUUUAUUAAAUUUUUCCCAACUACCUAUGAAACUGAUGUUCAGAGACCCUGUGUCCCACACACUUCCGGGGCCUCGUCCUCUGUUGGUCAUAUGGAUGGGUCCAUUAACAAAACAACUAUCACAUCCACCUCUGGAUCUCUGGAGGCAGCAGGGCCUGCUAGACCUGUAGUGAGCUGAAUGAGACUCUCCCUUUCUGAAUAAUUUAUCACACAGCCAACUGACUGUGGCCUGGCCACCCCUCUGGGCCCUGUAUCCGCUGGGGGUUAGACAGUGGGAAGUUUGGCUGAAGAACUGACUUGGGAGGGGUCAAAGAGUCCUCCCACCCUUCUCCUGUGGUAAUGCAAAGCAGUGAUGAUAAAAAGCUUAUUUAUUAGCCUUAUUAUAUUAUCACUAUUUUUAUAUUGUUUCAGUAAAAUUUAGUUUGAUCAAAAGCGGUGUCAUGGCCAAUAUUUACUUCACCCAGCUGAAAAGGCCUAUAGAACUACAGGUAUCCAUCCAUCCCAGACCCAUCCUAUAAUAAUAGUAAUAAUAAUAUUGGUCAACUCCUGCAGAAUAUAACCAGUAUCUCUGCGCUCCAUAAAAUAUUUCUCAAUUGGUUUUGCCCUGAAAAAUUGACAUGCCACAAGAUGGCCCUGGUCACUUUCUGUGAAUAUGUUUGUUUAUUAUUAUUCUUCUCUUUUCUCUUCAAAGGAGAUUGAAUCUACCUGCCAGGACGGGUCCACUAUGUUAAUUCAGUCAUAACGGAAAUAUAGUGCAUUCGGAAAUUAUUCAGAGCCCUUGAGUUUUUCCACAUUUUGUGACAUUAAAGCCUUAUUCUAAAAUGGA